AACGCCUCAUUUUCCUUCUUGUUUUUUUUCAGCAUAAUUGUUGGUGCACCACGCGCUCAAUCCACACUGCCCGCCCAGCGGAAUAUCAAUGAAACUGGUGCCAUUUAUCAUUGCACUUUGUCAGCAACUUCCACCUGUAAUCCAUAUGUCAUCGAUGAUAGAGGUAAUAUCACAAUCGAGAACUUCGACUCAUAUACCUACGACAAUGAGGCGCGCGACAAUCAAUGGCUGGGUGCUGCCAUGGAUGGCGGCACCAAGGACACGGAUAAGCUGUUAAUAUGCGCACCACGUUUUCUCACGCCCACCGCAAAUGAUUACCUAAUGAAUGGCAUCUGUUACUGGGUUAAAGACACACUCAAUGACAAUCCAACAAAAGUACAAAGGAUCUCACCAUUGCGCCUUAAAUCGGAGCAAAGGAAGACUGUUAACAAUCAUCCCACUUUCUAUUAUAUGUUGGCAGAGGAAGGGCUGAGCGCGCAUGUGACCGAUAAUAAUGAAGAGUUCGUUAUUGGUGCGCCAGGCAUCAGUAAUUGGAAAGGUUCGGCGAUACAUGUACGCAAACGAUUCGAGGAGGAUCCAAUAUUGAGUAGGCGUGAUACGUCUGAAAGAAAGCGCGUGACACGACAAAUUGAAUUCUCAGGACAAUACGUACUGAAUACUGAAGAUCAGGCGAGCGACUCGUACUUUGGUUAUGCUGUGGGCUCAGGCUACUUUGACAGUAAGGAUAAGGAUCGGCUGAUGUAUGUGGCAACAGCGCCACAGGCCAAUUUGCAAUCGGGAGAGGCCUACUUAUACAAAUAUUCUGAGGAUAGCACGUUGAAGUUGACGCGCGUUUAUGUUUUUCGCGGCACGCAUUUCGGCGAAUAUUUCGGUUAUUCGCUGCUGACUGAGGAUCUUAACGGCGAUGGGCUCACCGAUGUGGUGAUUUCAGCGCCACAAUACUCAACGUCUGGUUCUUUCGAUGAUGGUGCCAUCUAUGUGUUCCUCAACAAAGGCAAUUUCAAUUUCGAGCAAAAACUGAUAGUUUCGCCAGCGCAUGGCAAUGCGCGUUUCGGUACCACGCUCAGUCGGCUGGGCGAUAUCAACCAUGAUGGCUUCAAUGAUAUUGCUGUUGGUGCGCCAUUCGCUGGCAACGGUGCCGUCUUCAUCUAUCUCGGCAGCAACGACGGCAUACGCCAGCAUUACAGCCAACGCCUGAACUCCCCUGAUGCGGUUGUCAGCAAGUAUGGCGAGCAUAUGUUUGGUCACGGACUUUCCAAAGGCGCCGAUAUCGAUAACAAUGGCUUUAAUGACUUUGCCGUCGGCGCACCAAAUGCCGAAGCGGUUUUCGUCUAUCGCGCCUAUCCCGUGGUCAAGAUACACGCCACUGUCAAAUCACAAACGCGAGAAAUCAAAACCGAUCAAAAUAGUUUUAAGAUCACAACCUGCUAUAGAAUCACCACUCCAUCCGCGAAGGUGAACGAUCAGGACUUGGCUAUACGUAUUGUUGUAGAUCCACAAGUCAAACGCGCUAAGCUGGUGCAAACACGCACGAAUGAGAUUAGUUUUAAUGCGACGGCUGGUCUGCAGGAGCAAUGCCGCUCAUUUGAUUGUGAAGUACACAGCAGCGUGGCGGAUAUUUUCAAGCCAAUCGAAUUGGAAAUGCACUAUGAUCUCAUUAAUGGAGUGCCGAAUUCGGGAGUAUUCUGUGAUAAAUGCGCGGCCGUUGAUCCGGCCGAGCCAAAGGUGUACAGUGAAAAGAUCAUCUUUAGUACGGGCUGCAGUUCCGAUAUCUGUGUGGCUGAUCUGGAAGUUAAAAGCCACAAUUUGGAUCACACAUACAUUCUCGGCAGUAGUCGUACACUGUUUAGCAUUCCAAAAACACCGCAUGUCAACUUGGAGAAGAUCAGCAAUACUACCGAAAUCAUUAAUAACUACGAGAUAAAAAGCGUCGGUCCCAGCACUGUCGGAGCAAUGGAUGUGAUCUUCUAUAUACCUGUGGCGUAUAAGGUGCCCGGCACUACGAACACCAUACAAAUUAUCGAAAUGGAUAAAAUAAAUAUGCAGGCUGUGUAUGAUGCGCAGUUGAUUGGCAUCGAUUACUAUCAAAACAAUACACAGCUCAUCAUGAAUACCAUUGAGGUAUCGACGAGUACGCACAGCACAACUACAGUUUCCAAGACGAAUAAGCAUAAACACAUUAACGCACAAUAUGAUUCCCACAGCUUCUAUGAAAUGACAGUAGAAAGCGAAAGUUCAACCCAUACCGAUGACACAACGACUUUAUCAGUUCGGCGUCGUAGACGUCGUGACGCUGCUGCCAAUACGGCGACCAGAGCACAGUAUGCGCGUAUCGUCAAGGCGCACGAACUGCUAAGUGAAGAUCUAAGAGGUAAAUUGCCAGUGAAUCGUACGAUCGUUUUCAAUUGCAAUGAUCCCGAGAUGACGAUUUGUGUGCGCUCUGUUAUGCGUGUUUAUAAUUUCAAACCCGAGAAGCCCAUCACGGUGACAAUGAAAUAUCAAGUCGAUCUGAAUGAGAUCAAUCAAAUAUUGAUUGAACCAUGGGAAUAUUUUGUUAUACUAAUCGGAGUGGAUGUGAAAAAAAUUGGUGACUCUAAUGGCAAAUCGCUGGCGAUACGCAGGAGCAUCGACUAUAAUAUUGUUUCGAAACAUCAACUCUAUGGUACGCCGAUAUGGGUGUAUAUAUUGGCCGUGAUGGGUGGGCUCUUGCUAUUGGCGCUAAUGACUUACGGGAUGUAUAAGCUUGGAUUCUUCAAGCGCGCGAAGAAGGAGGAAAUGGAUGCAUUGGUUCAUCAAGGUUCCACAAGACCGGCACGAGAUGAUGUAGAGCCAGAAGCAGAAAACCUAAAUACUGACAGAAAUUAAAAAA